AUGCCUUCGGCACUCAAAACGGCCCUAAAUCUGGUCGCCGCCCUUGCCGCCCCGGCUGCGGCCUUCUCGGGCGACUUGACGUACUAUUCCCCGGGUCUGGGCGCCUGCGGGCUCACACACACCGACAGCGAUGCUAUCGUCGCAGUGUCGCCCAGCCGAGACGGCAACUGCGGCCGCACCAUCAACAUCAACUACAACGGCCGCGUCGCCAGCGCCACAGUAGCCGACAAGUGCAUGGGCUGCGUCGGCGACAGCAUCGACGUCUCCCCCGCCGUCUUCCAGCAGCUCGAGGACACCGGCGCCGGCCGCAUCAGUGUCGACUGGGAGUGGGCAUAA